UAGAUUAAUAUUGUUUGGAAAAUUAUGACAAUUUGUGGAAUAAGGUAGCUGUCGAAUAAAAUCUUAUAUUUUCUAUAUAAAUAGGUGCUUUUUAAUUUUCAUAAUUGUUCGUGAUUUCUCGAAAAAAAUAUGUUUAAAUCGGAAAAAUAACCAAUUCAAAAACGCUAAAAACACAACCGCAGUUACGCAGAUAAGCAAGCUAUAAAGGCUACAUAUAAAUAUAAAGAAAGCUAAAUUACAACUCAUUAUCAACCCAAUCGUCUCAAUAAUUAGUGCUUAAAAUAGUAAUUAGGUUUUAUUCAGCGUCGCGUUGAAAUGGAAUCACUUAGUUUAGUAUUAGUUUUGUAUGUAGUCAUGUAUCUCCUAGUGUCCUGUAGCGCUUGGGCAUUCACAGACGUAAAUUAUGAAGAUCUGCUACCACUUGUCGGAGAUAACGAUGAUGCUUCCGUAACUGACAAUGAGCGCCUUUUGAAAUUCAAUCUCAUAUAUCCUGGCACAAAAUGGUGCGGUGCUGGCAACAUAGCGGAGAAUUAUGAUGACUUAGGAUCAGAAGUGGAGACCGACAGGUGCUGCCGGGCGCACGACAACUGCCCUGACGUCAUCGCCGCAGGAGAAACAAAGUACAACCUUACCAACACAGCAUUCUAUACGAGACUAAGCUGCGAUUGUGAUGAGACUUUCCGCCAAUGUUUGCGGAGUGCCAACACCAGCGUAUCAAAGCAAAUUGGACACAUUUAUUUCAACACCCUCGGGACCAAAUGCUUCAGGAGGGACUACCCCAUUACGGGCUGUAGUAAACGAGGCGGGUGA